AUGGUGAUCUCCGAUGAUGACGAGAUGGAGGUCAUAACCAUCUCCGACGACGACAGCGAGAGCGACAGUGAUGGUGCGAUGUACGAUCCUGUGUACGACAGGGAGGCGAACAACGUCCUGGAUGACAUUGAGGAGAUGGAGGUCGAUAUCGUACCCAUUGAUGAAGACGGCGAUGACGAUGACGAUGACGAUGAAGAUGAAGAUGACGAUGGGUACGAUACUGACAACGCUGUCCGGGAGUCGUGCAGGUCCCGCAUGUAUGGCAUACGCGCCACUGCAUCCCUCGACGAGACAGCGAGGGUAUGCACUGUGGCGUCGUAUGUCAUGGCAUUCGCCGCACCAUGGGAACAUAAUGUAAAUGUGCGAGAUUCUCCUCCCAUAAAACAGGUUCCUCGUAGGAUUCCGAUUCAAAUGAGGGAAGAAGUCGAUAAGAUUUUGGAAGAUAUGAGUUCACGUGGAGUAAUUGAGGAGUCACAUAGUCCAUGGGUUUCUCCUGCUGUCAUGGUUAAAAAGAAGGACGGUUCUAUAAGGUUCUGUGUUGAUUAUAGAAAAUUAAACGAGGUGACUAUUAAGGAUUCUUAUCCCCUUCCCCGAAUUGAUGACAUUCUUGAUCAGCUAACAG